GAUGCUCAAGAAUGGUGCUAACUAAACAAAAAAAUGGAAGCCCCUGACAACACCUCCAAUUACCAAAGAGAAUGUUAAGAUCCCUCGUCCACUAAUUUUCCCUUCGUUGCCGUUUUGAUCUCCCAAACAAAACGACCCUCCCUCUUUCCCAAUCUUCGCCACCCUUCUCCGGUCAAUUUUCGCGCCGUUUCUGAAAGCUCCCCCGCAAUCUCCGAUUCGCUUGCCACCAGGGAGUAGAAGGUUCUGGACGAUGAGCAACGUGUUCGAGGGAUACGAACGCCAAUACUGCGAGCUUUCGGCAAAUCUAUCGAAAAAGUGCACUGCUAACGGUGCUCUUAAUGGAGAGCAAAAGAAACAAAAAGUUUCUGAAAUAAAGGCUGGAAUUGAUGAAGCAGAAGCUUUGAUUCGAAAAAUGGACCUUGAGGCAAGAAGUUUGCAGCCAAAUAUCAAGGCUGUGCUUCUUGCUAAGUUGCGGGAGUAUAAAUCAGAUCUGAACAAUCUUAAAAGUGAAGUUAAGAAAAUUGUAUCUGGUAGCUUAAACCCUUCUGCACGGGAUGAAUUAUUGGAAUCAGGCAUGGCAGAUGCUAUGACGGCAUCUGCUGAUCAGAGAACAAGAUUAAUGGUGUCAACUGAGAGAUUGAAUAAGACCAGUGAAAGAGUUAAGGACAGUAGGAGAACAAUGUUGGAAACAGAAGAGCUUGGUGUCUCAAUUCUUCAAGAUUUGCAUUCACAGCGACAAUCUCUAUUGCAUGCACAUAACACGCUUCAUGGAGUGGAUGAUAACAUAGGCAAGAGCAAGAAAAUUUUGACCAACAUGUCAAGAAGGAUGAACAAGAACAAAUGGAUUAUUGGGUGCAUUGUUUUGGUCCUGGUUGUUGCUAUCAUCUUGAUCCUGUACUUCAAACUUUCUAAGUAGUCAAUGGUUGACCUUUCCUCAUAAUGGUCAUGAAGGUCGCUAAGCUUGCCCCGUCUCCCCUCCCUCCUUCUCUUCUGAUUAUGAUUUGUGAGUGCUCGGACAAACAUGAUGUGUUCUUCAUAGCUGCAAGAUGAUUUCAUACUGUAAGCUUCUUUCAAUGUAUGUAUCUUCUACUGGGUUGGGCAUGUAUGAAAUUAUGAAAUAUUGAUUUCUUUUUGGCCAGUUGUUGAAUGAGUUUAAUCAUAAAACCAGAAUUCUUUGUGGUUGUGCUGUUCAAAUAUAAGUGAGAUUUGGUUCUAAAUCCAUUGGAGUAAAUUAUGUUGCUACAAUGCUGCAUGUAACAAUUCUGAAGCUACGAAGCUCUCACGAGAGGAACCUUCGGAAACAAAUUUCUGAUGCGGAAUACUCUUGUCUCUUGCCUUGAGUUAUUGCCAAUGUGAUGAUUCCAACAUCCGAGUUAUGUAUAACCUGCGAAUCCAUGUAAUACGAAGACUUGAAUUGCACGUUGGUUACAGCAUAAUUAUUAUUAUUAUUUU